AUGCCAACUCGACGUGCGUUAAAUCAUCUCUUUGGUGUAAAUUAUCUCAAAAUUAGGCGAUUGGGUAUUGUCAAGUACUAUCAUGAAGAAGGACCAAAUGAAGAGGAGUGUCUCACACCUGAAUUUGCUUUUCAGAAGUUGAACAAGAUGGCUCAGGGGUUAGGAAAUGUGGAUUUGGUUGAUGGAAAACUAGUCAGUAUUGGAGAAGAUUCAGUUUUGAAGGAUGAACAGAUCGAGCAGCGGAUAAAAACCUUCAAGUCCGUCGGUAGGUUGUACCUUGGGACUCCCUCGGUUCAAAAAUCACUGAAGAAGAGAGCAACCACAAGCUCAUUCGCUGCUACGGAGUCCAUUCCAGAAUUGUGCUUUGGUCGAUCAGAUGAAAGGGAACACUUGACGUUGAAGACACUUACCAGCGUCUGCAGCUACCUGAAUGUCUCUUCCCAACAGAGGAAGUCAGUGCGGCUAGCUAUUUGCUCACAAGUCAAUCAGCAUAGAAUAUGGACAGGUGCUCUUAAAAAGAUAUUGUCAGGCUUAAAAGCUGAGAUUGAGUCCAUGAAUUAUCAACAGCGUCAAUCCUUGUCCGUGAAAGAAAUUACGGUGAGUGAACAGAUCAUUUCUAGAUGCUUCCAGUUCUUAUCUGAAACGUGCACUACUUUUAACCCUGACUCCACCUCAUGGAUGCGCGUGGCGCCUUCACCAAAAUACAAUUCUUGGCCUUCUCACCGAUGGGAAGAUUUGCUUGACAUGUUCAAUGAUCUCAUCAAGUGCUCAAAAAAUGAGAUGGGUGUAUUGCCUCAUAUGGUGAAGCUGGAAAUAAUGAAAGAAGGGUUGUACCAGAUCAAGGAUGUGUUGGUGGAUAGAGAUAUCGGAUACAGAGAAGCUCGGCUUCAGGAAAGCUUAAUGCAGAAAAAAUUGCUGAAGACCUUAGGCCACUCAUCGCAAUGCUUGUUCACACUUUUGCUGUAUUAUCUCUAUGGGAAUGUUAGAGACCUUGAAAUAGAAGUCCGUGGAGGUGUUUAUAAGAGGAAAGAUAAGAAGAAUGUGUUUUUUUUGUGUAUUGGGAAGAUUUUGACAUCUGAUAAUGAGAUGACGAUAGGAAUUGGUGUGAAGCAAUUAGACAAGGCUCUUGGGUUAUUCAAAUUUGUUUGGGAAGCUGCAGAAAUGAAAGGUGUUUUGGAGUUGCAAGGGCAUUUGUGGUGCGUAGGAGCUGAAGACAGAAUCCUUACUUACAGAAGUAAUACAUUCUUUCUGCAUGCAAUUAAGCUUUAA